AUGUAUUCAACAUUUUGGACUACAAUUAAGAAUUUAUGUCUUGAACUUCUUAGUCAAAGUUUAGAAGUUAAAUUUCUCCACUUGGAUUUUGAAAAAUCAGCUCAUAUAUCGGCCAAAAAUGUUUUCCCGAAUUGUCGAAUAAUUGGUUGCCGAUUUCACUUACACCAAAGUUGGUUUCGUAAAAUACAAAGUAGCAAAUUAUUGUUGAAAUAUUACACCGAGAAAACAGAGACAGGGGUUUGGCUUCAAUAUUUUUUUGGCUUGAGUUUUUUACUAUUUGAUGAGGUUGAAUGUGGUUUUGUUGAGCUUAUGUCUAUAGCGUCACCCGGUAUAACAGACUUUACUAAUUAUAUACUUGACAAUUAUAUAUCUGAAGAUUCACAAUUUCCACCUUUUCUUUGGGCUGAAGAGCCACAAACAUACCCAAGAACAACUAAUGGCCCGGAAUCUUUCCAUUCAAAUUAUAACCAACAAUUUUAUAAACAACAUCCAAAUCAUCAAAGUGUUAUAAACGUAUUGAUCGAAAUUCAAACCGAGACCAAUUUAAAAAUAAACAGCAUUGACAGAAAAAUUACUAAUAAAUUAAAAAAAUAA